AUGCCUCCGAAGGCUCCGGCUAAAGCGAUCAAGAAGGCGAUGAAGUCGCAGAAGUCUUCAAAAUCAGGCGACAAGCGCCGCAAGUUGCAUCGCAAGGAGUCAUAUGCCAGCUACAUUUACAAAGUUCUGAAACAGGUUCAUCCGGACACCGGCAUCAGCAGCAAGGCGAUGUCUAUCAUGAACAGCUUCGUGAACGACGUGUUUGAGCGAAUCGCCAGUGAAGCAUCACGGUUGGCUCAGUACAACAAACGUAGCACCAUCAGCAGUCGCGAAAUCCAGACGGCCGUGCGCCUUUUGCUGCCCGGCGAACUGUCGAAACAUGCCGUAAGCGAGGGCACAAAAGCCGUCACCAAAUACACCAGUGCCAAGUAG